AUGGUACCAAUAAUCCCCCUAGCUACAAUAAUCUUUGUGAUGCGUCCAACGAUAGGCGAAGAACCGUACGUAAAAUUCAUUUGCUUGCAAUAUUUUUACAACUGUUCGGAUUCUAUGCUAAUGAAAAAGAUUGAAACGCUAAACGACGAAAGUUUUUGCCCUGGUAUUGGGCUGAGUCUCGCAUGCUUGGCAAAAAAAAGUACUGUAGGAAAACUGUUUUGUCGCUGGCAGAUUAUUGUAAACGGUAUUCCCUCCAAAUGCCUAAGUUUUCAGCAAGGUGUUAAGCCUCCGACAACUUAUUUCGAAAGACGACAAGCUUUAGAAAGCUGCCAGGAAGAACACAAAGACUAUUUUGAUUAUAGUACUCAAUUAAAAAGACGAAGUGACGAUCUUAUCGUACGGUUUAUGAAGGUCUGCUCAAGGCCAGUAGCCAUAUCGAUUGGAUUGGAAGGAUGUCCUUAUCAAGUAGUGGAAUAUUGCUACGCUGCCAAUAAUAAACGUCCAUUUUGCACAAAAUCAGAAUGCCAAAAUGUAGAUUGGGAGAAAGUAUUUGGCAAGAAAGAUGAAUUCAAGCCAAUGGAAGUGAGAACAACGGAAGAACCAACAGAAAGAGUAAGAAAAAAAAACACUACAGUGAAAAACGUGAAAAAAAAAGUCAAAUUUAAUGUAAGUCUACACAAGGAACAGCUUGUUGGUGAAUCAGAUGAAAUUGACGUAGCUGCAUUGAACCAAAUCAAUCUUCUACAUUUUCUGAUAACAUUGGUGAUAAUCAUAGUGUUUACUACUGGUACUUUGACCUAUUGA